AUGGCCCCUACACCCCCUGAUAUCCGCCCCUCGAACGAGGAGGCUACCAGGCGACGAGUGAGCAAGAAACUGCACAAGAAGCGUCGAGAAGAACACCAGCCAACUAUGGAGCUCCCUGAUCGGUUAAAAGAGACUGGAGAUGAGGUUGACGAGGACGUAGUGCCUCAACAGGGCGGCCAACAAAUGUUCAUGAACAUGAACCAAUCCAUAUUUGGGUUGAUUGCGGCCGCCGGGUCAACCGUUGAUUUCAAUGACCGAUUCGAGGAGCAGUAUAGCGACGAAGACGAAGCUGGCGACCAAAGGCCCGAGGCCAAAAAGGCCAAGGGAAAAGAACCAGAGCGGGAAGAUGUAGCUACAUCACAGAUACCCAAAAAGACUUCUCCAGAGAAGGCAGAAAAGACGGACAAGAAACAUCGGCGCCGACUAUCCUCUCAGCUCCUUCAUUCUCUCCCACAGCUACCACGCUUGUCUUCAAAAUCAAGAUCCAGGUCCUCGAAGCUUAAUUCACCUUCCACAGAACUUAAUGCCGGUCUAAAGGAUGCAGCUGCCCACCACGGCACAUUUUCGGAGGCUGGCUCUUCGAGUCUUCAGUCUCCAAAUAUCGAAAUCACAGGAAAUGACCGCGAUUCAAGGGCCGCGCCUGUUAUGAGCAGGAUGCUCGAAGCUAGAGCAGAGAUGGCCGCUCGACCCAGCUUCGACCUGGAACGCCUCUCUAGUGAUCUGCGACGAGGCAGCGAUCCGGGAGACAACGAAGACACAGAACUGGCCGUGCGCUUGAAAGAGAUUUUCGAAUUUGACCAGCCCGAGAAAGUCCUAGAAGAAUAUCCUUGCUGGCUCCUCCAGAGUGUGCUGCUCCAAGGUUACAUGUACAUCACUGCGAGGCAUAUCUGCUUUUAUGCAUAUCUCCCCAAGAAAGCACACGAAGUCGCAAAAUCUGGUUACUUGUCCAAAAGUGGAAAGAGAAACCCCAAGUAUAACCGAUACUGGUUUCGACUGAAAGGAGACGUUUUGGGGUAUUACCGAGACUCUUCGAAUUUAUACUUUCCCAGUGGCCAGAUUGACCUGCGGUAUGCCAUCUCAGCAAACAUUGUCGAUAAGGAGAAAGACGGCGUACACUUUUCUGUCGUGACCGAGCACCGCACAUAUCACUUCAGAGCUGAUAGUGCACCAAGCGCCAAGGAAUGGGUCAAGAGCCUUCAACGCGUAAUCUUCCGUUCGCAUAAUGACGGUGACAGCGUCAAAAUUUCCUUACCUAUCAGCAAUGUCGUGGAUAUUGAAGAAACACAAAUGCUCGAGUUUGCCGAUACCAUCAAGAUCAGGGUUAUCGACAAUGAGGAGACGUUUGCUAUCGACGAGUAUCUUUUCUCGUUCUUUGGCUUUGGCAAGGAAGCUGUGAAUGUUCUCAAAAUCUUGGUCGAGGAUGCUGCGGAGCAGCAGAAAGAGAAGCAGUCCGAAUUGGACGUUCCGGGGAUGCAGGGUAGAACUGGUACCUCUUCAGACCGGAGCUCGCUCAGUGCUUCUAGGACCGAAGCUCCAAGUGGUGAAUUGAGGUCAGUCAAGGUCCGUGAAAAUGUCAAGGCAACACUUGCUCCCGCAUCGCCAAGUAGCCAUCGAGAGUCGAUGUCUCGAGGUAGUGGCGAGUUGAGCAGAGGCAGCUUCGAUGGCUUCAGGCCUUUUGCGAGGAGGAGUUUAGACAUGGGCAGUCCGACACAUGGUGGCUCUGCAAGGCGAAGCUUUAGUGGUAGCCGGUCCCAAAGUCGCGCAAGGACCCGUAUCACGAAGGUGCCUCAAGAGAACCCAGGCUCGUCCGAUUCCUAUGUACAGUCUCUCGAAGAUCCCAGUCUCUCCAACAUGGUGGCAUCAUCAAGUGAGGAUCAGACAGGUAGUCAGAUUCUUAGGGACAGUCAAAUCUUCCAAAGGCCAACUAUAUACCGUCGAUCGACCUCGGGGUCAAGAUUGAAACCGAUAGACGAUGAUGCUAGUCAGCCAAAGGAAGGACUGCCAUCCUACCGCCCUCGCCACGCAGCAACAACCGGCUACAUCGCAGAGCCAGCCUCCGACGAAAAGCUUCAUCCAGCAGCGACAACGCCGACAUUGCAAAACAUUGCCAAGAUGGGUUCUUACCCACUACAACGUGCUGGCUUUUUUGCCGACUAUCUCAACCAGACCAGCCGAAAGAUGGGCAGUCUUCUUGCAACUGAAUCCAUGGGCUAUGUGGAAAAGGUUUCUGGAAUGUGGAAGGGAGGCCGCAAGCACUAUCACGAUCCAAACGCGUUGCGAACUGACGAGGAAAUGGACGAUGAAGACGACGAAGGCGGCCAAGAAGCCACCGAAGUUCAGCUUGGCAAAACGAUGCAACGAUUUCGAAACCACUUCGCCUUGCCAGAGACUGAGAAGCUUCGUGCCACCUUUUUUGGCUUCAUGAUCCGCGUCCUGCCUCUAUAUGGCAAAAUUUACGUCAGCGACCGAUACUUUUGCUUCCGCAGCCUACUUCCAGGCACCCGCACAAAGCUCAUACUUCCAAUCAGAGACAUUGAGACUUGUUACAAGGAGAAAGGUUUCAGGUUCGGCUACUCUGGACUGGUUCUCGUGAUCCGUGGUCACGAAGAACUCUUCUUUGAAUUCAACCAAGUCGAAGUAAGAGAUGAUUGCAACAUCACAAUGCUAAAACAUCUGGAAGCUAUGCGAUAUCUGAAAGACUCCGAAUUUGCUGCAAAGGAGGAUCAAGAACAAGUCGACGAUGCUUUGGCUGAAAGAAAUGCUCUCAAUGAGGCCCGCCUGAAGGAAAAUACGGAGCAUGAGGUUCAGCUGCCGCAACAAGCAUCUUUCCUGGGAGACGCGUCACCUACGAUAUUGUUUGACGAUCCAAAGGCAUCCUUCCUCAACUUCAAGCCAGCGUCGUCGCUCAAAAUCACUUGUCUAACCAUUGGUUCACGAGGUGAUGUUCAACCAUAUAUUGCACUCUGCAAAGGACUCUUAGCAGAGGGCCACAAGCCUCGAAUUGCAACGCAUGCCGAGUUCAAGGAUUGGGUUGAAGGUCAUGGUAUUGAGUUUGCGCCUGUUGCUGGUGACCCUGGCGAAUUGAUGCGUCUCUGCAUCCAAAAUGGCACCUUUACAUUUGCUUUCUUGAAAGAAGCAAACACAACUUUCCGAUCGUGGCUUGACGAGCUUCUUGUGUCGGCCUACGAAGGUGUCAAAGGCAGCGACGUGCUUAUUGAAUCGCCAUCCACCAUGGCAGGUAUUCAUGUGGCAGAGGCUCUCCAGAUUCCCUACUUUCGGGCGUUCACCAUGCCUUGGACGCGAACUCGCGCCUACCCGCACGCAUUUAUCGUUCCCAACAACAAGAUGGGUGGCGCGUACAACUACAUGACCUAUGUCAUGUUCGACACCGUCUUUUGGAAAGCCAUGGCCGGCCAAGUCAAUAGGUGGCGAAAGACGACGCUCGGUCUACCUCCAACCAAUCUCGAGAAAAUGGCACAGAACAAGGUUCCAUUCUUGUACAACUUCUCGCCUUCAGUAGUUGCUCCUCCUUUGGAUUUCUCAGAUUGGAUUCGUGUCACUGGGUAUUGGUUCUUGAAUGAAGGCACCGACUGGACCCCUCCGGACGACCUUCGGCAGUUCAUUGAACAGGCACGCAAGGACGGGAAGAAGCUUGUGUACGUGGGAUUUGGCUCAAUCGUGGUGUCAGACCCAGCCAAGAUGACUCAAGAGGUCAUUGAUGCCGUACUCAAGGCCGAUGUACGCUGCGUCCUGUCCAAAGGCUGGUCAGAUCGUAUGGGUAGCGAGUCCAGCGUCCCAGAGCCUGAGCUGCCGCCCGAGAUAUUUCAAAUCAAAUCGGCUCCGCACGACUGGCUAUUCACGCAAAUGGACGCUGCCGCGCACCAUGGCGGAUCAGGCACGACGGGUGCAAGCUUGAGAGCCGGUAUACCCACCAUUAUCCGACCAUUUUUUGGAGAUCAGUUCUUUUACGGUGCAAGAGUUGAGGACCUUGGCGUUGGUAUCUGCCUAAAGAAAUGGGGUGUCGCCUCUUUUGCCAGAGCAUUGUGGGAAGCGUGCAACAGCGAUCGUAUCAUUGUCAAAGCCAGAGUUCUUGGUGAGGCAAUUCGCAAGGAAAAUGGCGUAGAUACGGCCAUACAAGCCAUAUACCGCGACCUUGAAUAUGCACGCUCCCUUGUUGUUGCCAAAGCCGGAAAGCAUCAAGCUUCCAAACAGAGCAAGGAAGCAGUAUCAGACUCUGUUAGCGAAGACGAAGAGGAGGAGGAGAGUUGGACAUUCGUCGGCAAUGAUGACGAUUUCGAGACCGAAGUCAUAGCCAGUAAAUCAGCUCUGGUAGAGGCAGAGCAGCUAGCCAAAGAGUCGAGCAAGAGUACAUCUCUUGCAAGCAGGAUCAUUGGCUCGACUACUACAAGUAAUGCGGCUGCCACUAGCAAGGCCUAG